AUGCACUUUCUUACCGUACCACCCAUUCGGGCUCUCGCAUUUCUUCCUCUCCUUGCCUACCCCGUCUUAUCCCAGAACAACACCGCACGCCCACUCUCGGAAGCAGCCCCCGAGCACGGCGGUGGCCUCUGGGGCGAGGAGAUCGGUAACUCGUUUCCUCCCAAUACCCGCGGGGGAAACACGUUGUUCGUUCCCCCCGACAACACGUUCCCCCGUCGUGUUCGUGCGCGUCAGGCCGGAAACGAAACAGGGACAGGGCCAGGGCAACAGCAGCUCCUCUACCAGGUUUCAAACCAGCUGCUUACGCAGGCGACGCUGCGGGCUUUCACGGGAAGUGUGAUCGAGACGCUUGAUACUAAUGCGGGCCUCGGUGGGGGUGGACAGGUUGUGCUUACGCGUGGGUUGCGUGACGCUGGUAACCGGACUGGGAAUUCCUCGCUUGGGUGUGUCGAUGAGGCUCAGCCGGUUCGUAUCUAUGGUGGGUUAGGGGAGAGUGUUGAGAUCUUGGAAGCGGACAUUCCGUUUGAUGGUGGCAUCUUCCAUAUCGUUAGUGGUCCAUUCACCCGACCAGCGUCCCUGUCCUCCUCUCUUCAAUCCACAUCCGAAGCAAGCAUCUUCAGCAAGCACAUCAACCCCCGCCUCUCUGACCUGGAUAUCAUGCCAUCGAUUACGCUCUUCGUCCCGGUCAACGACGUCCUCUCGUCCAGCAGCAGUCUGAACGCCGACGCAACUCUUUCCGAUUCGGAGAUAGCCGACCUGGUCAAUGCCCAUCUUAUCUCCGGCGUGGCCGCCUACUCACCUCAUCUGAUAACGGGGGCAAAGUUCGAGACCGUAGACGGCGCAGAGAUUGUUGUCAGAGCUGAAGCCUCGGGUGAGAUUGUAUUGAAUGAAGAGGUUAGGGUUGUCCGGAGUGACAUCAUUGUCACCAACGGGGUUGUGCAUUUGAUUGACCGACCGCUCUCUACCCCUGGCUCUGCAGAUGGUAGCCAAACCAGCACUGGUACUGCCACCGCGGCCCCAACCGCGACUUCAACUGUCACUGGCGGUGAUACUGUUUUCACCGGAGCAGCAGGCUGGUCAACGACUCGCUCCUCAAAAACCGCGGGAUUUGCCUGGCGCAUGGUAUGUAGCUUGGCAACAUUGCUGCUGUUGUAG